AGAUCUGUCGACAUCGGCGUGUAGUCUUUCACAACUGGACAGUCUGGAGGUGGACACGGUAGCUGACGGGCUGCCUGCUCUGUCUGAUCCCGGGUUACUGGUAGAAGAGGAUCGAGACUUGGGAGAGACAGCACAGAUUUCAGAGGGUUUGGAAAGUGGUGUGGGCCAGACGGCCAAGAAGGCGAGCGCCAACUAUGCUACAAAGCACCAAGUGCAGCCUCCGCCCAAAGCAUGCGGCGAGCUGCGCUGUCGUAAGAAGUGCACCACAAACUUCUCGGAGACCAGGCGGGAUGAGCUAAACAAGGCGGUGACAAACAUGAACUGGGAGGCCCGAGCCCUUUGGUAUCGCGCCUAUGUGCACACAAAGGACGUGGCCAGGAGGAGCACUGACAGUGACGAGAAGCGCCAAAAGUCACUCUUCUGGUAUCUGCCAGAUGCAGAGGGCAAGAUGGUGGCUGUCUGCAAAGGUUUCUUUUUAACCACGGUGGGACUAAGUCCUGGCAACGACAUGCCCAUCCGGAAUGCUCUGAAUAAUGGAUCAGUGAGUGCAGUUGAUGGGAGAGGGCGACACCAGCCGGCCAUCAAGAAAGACGCAGCGAAGAUCCGUGACCACAUCGAGUCAUUCCGGCCGUGCGCCCCUCAUUACCGCUACCUGCAUGCGCCCUACCGGCGAUAUUUACCGGCUGACGUAACGGUAGCUAAAAUGCACCAAGAUUUUUUGGAAAAACAUCCAGAAGAGAGGCUCAGCUACCAGCGGUACCGGCAAGAAGUUGUCUCCAUGAAGAUAAGUUUCACAACUCUUGGUCAUGAAGAGUGUGAGCAGUGCAAGAUGCACGUGCACCACAACUCAUCGGAACAUGGCCUGGCAGCGACAAUGUGA